AGCUGGUCAGUUGAGGGAAAGAAGAGAUCAGGUUUGUAAAGCAUUACAAAAGAAAGGCCUUUUGACAGUGAAAGAUACUUCCAGAAUUUGCAAAUCCAGAUUUAAACUUUGAGCAUCAUGACUAGAACAGCAGUGCUACUGAUGAGUGUUUUCCUCCUCCUCUCUGCUGGUGCAGAGGACAAAUCUAGACUCUGCCGAAGGCCUGCAUGUGGAGGUUUGAGUGUUGAUCAAGCAUGUCCUCUCAAUUACUCUCCUGUGUGUGGAAAUGAUGGCAUCUCAUACGUCAAUGAAUGUGCCCUGUGUGUAGAGAUAAUGCACACUAAUGCUGACAUCUUGAUUGUGAAAGAAGGGUGCUGUUGA